AUGGAUCCAAGGGAUAUGCCGCGGGGCACUCCAGCUUCGCUGGAGUCCAUGUCGCCCUCACUCUCACUCCUGAGACUGAUGUCCGGCAUAAACCAUCGCGCCCAUGAAUUAUUCAUGAGCAGGAUAUCGCAAAGAAGUGCAGAGAAGUCGAUCGGUAGCCCCACGUCACAGGGAAAUAAUGGCAGGGAACAGCAAAGUCCAUAUUCGAGUGGCAACACUUUAAUGGCACCCAGCCCGAGAGCUGCGCCACACAUGGCAGACGAUGCAGCCGUCAGCCCGUUGCCAAGAGGGAUGCACACACCUGAAGGCUCGCCAAAGAUAGCGUCGGGCGGAGCUGGCAGCCAAGGCUUUACUGGCAUGGAGCAGAUUGGAGGCACAACGACGCCGACUAAAAAACAAGAAGGCUUCUCGCUUUUAAGCCAUUGCCGAUCUGCGUCUUCGGCCCUUAUGUUCAAUCCGGCAUCACUCGUUUCGUUGCCAUUCGGGUAUUGCAACAAUACGUUUGUCAAAAUCAGGGCAGAUGAUGUCGUUGACCCUAGGGUAGGGCGUAGGAGGACGAAGCGUGAUCAAUCAUCAGCAAAAAGAGCUUCAACUCAGCAACAGCCUGCUAAGCGUGGAUCGAGGCAGCCGGCGGUGCAGGAUGCAGACCCCGUGCAGGUGACCGACGACGAAAACCUGCUCACGCACUAUGAGUACUCCAACAACCCGUACAAACGGCGCUACUGUAGCAGUGUGAAAUACAAAAGGCGGGCUGGACGUGCUGAUACCGAAGGCGGUGAGGACGGGGUGCAAGCCGUACAUGCACAACGGCACCCUCAGCAGAGGCAGUAUACCCGUAAGACGUCGGAGCACACCGAUGUUGAUGCAGAAGAACAACUUUCAGAUGUAUCGUAUACUGACAGUGCUUCCGAAACGGAGGAUAGCCUAUCCGUAAGCUCACCAACGGCGAAGGCGCCACUGCCCUUGCAUGAUGAAGACCGAGGCCACAUUAAAAACUUGGAGAGUGUCGCUAAAAGGGUGAAAAAGGAGAUGGUAGACCAGAUGAUGGAUGUUGUACAGGCAGUCAGCAUAUUGAAGAAACGUCUAAUAGGGAAGGACGGUGAGGAGGAUGCAUGUCCCGAGCAAGCAGGACUAAGUAUGGACUCCGAAACACUCGCACAGUUGGAGGAUACUUUGAAAUCUCUCGUUAGAGAGACUCGGCACAACAUAGUAGCGUUGCAAUACUCGAAGCUUCUCUUGAAUUGGCAUCACAACCCAGAAGAUGGUGACAGUGUGAAACAAACACGAGAAAAUACACCUAUUAGGUCUGUGGAUAUUGCCGAUGAAGCUGAAAACGCUAACUCUGAACUAAACGAAUCCUCCUCUCAAUACCGCGGAGUACUCGCAGCAUCGCCGUGCAUUACGUUGAGCGAUGGACUGACUUGCGCCCAAGGAUUGUGUAGCACCAGCAGGCAAUCAUUCGAGGCGCAGGCGCUGACGGACUGUUACUCAGCUGCUGGAUGUUAUGUGUGGGAGUCUCAAAACGAGAAUGAACCGGAAGCAAAGCUGCCGAACGAAGAGAGGCCUUGUAUAGGUCAUUCAGAGGCAAAAACCGAUGAGGCGGAAUAUGCGGACGCAACUCACCCCAUUGAUGGCAGUGAUGUGACCCCUCAUAUACAACGCAGUGAUGACGUUCAGGGUGCAGAGAAUGGUGAAAUCCUGGAGGAAUCCGACGGAGAGGAAGGCCUCGGCAAGACGGGCCCGUGGACUUCCGACCCUGAAUUCGCUAAGUCCAUCUUAGAUUCAAAUCUGAAACUGCAAUUUGACGCUUAUGCCGAGUUCCUUAAAGAUGUUUGCCACAGUGCCAUCGCUGAAGUGCGCAUCCCAAAGCCCGAAUGGGUAGGAUCAAGCGAACACUCCUGCAAUAAUGACAUCUGCUGUAUAAGGUGCUGCACCUGCAGGGAUACGCCAGCUACUGAUUAUACGCGUACCAUAUAUACGGGAUCGAGCAACACAGAUGUGAAGAAAGGUCAACGCUUCGAAAGGGAGACCGCUCUCGCUAGAACUGACAUGCUAGCAUCGAUGCUGGGGCAAUGCGUAUGUAUGUGCAACUGCCUGUCCGAUCGAAGGCUGGUCGACAGGGUGAUUCGUGAUAACUCCAAGGUUCGUCGUGAGGGCAAUUGUGGAAUUGUGUGGCACGACAUGGAAUGCCCAGAGAACAUGCUGGAUGCAGAGUAUCCGGACCUGCCGCAAGAAGGUGUUCUACAGGAGAGGUUCAUUUUGCGAGUUAAAGCUGAGUGCAUACCACUUGCAUGGAAACAACGCAGCCCCUUCGCAUGCAAACUGGAUAUUAUAACAGAUACGGCCAACGAUGAUGUUUACAGCGGCGAGUCACCCAACCAUACCGACGGCGGGAGAGCUACGCCAAGGGAACAGCAAAGAAACGAGACUGCGGACAAUGGUGUAUUACACAAUACUCCACUUUCUACUUCCCCCACGAGCCAAUCCCCAAGUCGCCAUGGCAGCAACGUGUCAGGUGGUAACAGCCCGUCAAUCUUACAUGGGCCUUCGGAUACGCCCAAUCGCAAUGCCGACCCAGAAGGUUGCGCAAACGUGCAGGAGUUGCCUGUGUUAAAACUCGAGGAAUCUAAGGAUCUUAGUAGUUUCACGCUAUGGGAUGCCGUGGAAGCACUUGCGGAAGAGCAACGGGAACUCCAUCGUAUCCUGCGUAACAAUGAGUUCACGGAUUGCUUUGAUGCAAUGGAGAUCGACGUUUCGCAAUUAACACGGGAAAAACUUGUGUUGAAUAGCGAUUGCAUCAUUGAUGACCCGAAUUCUGAAGAUUACGUAGAAAUAGCGUUGUACCUGCCGUACGCGCCAAGCUGCAUCAUGCCCUGGCGGUUCGAGUCAAUCGAUGCAGUAGAGAUCAUGUCACAGCUGCCCAAAUUUGUGCCUAUAGUUGAAGUGGAACGUCGCUAUGGCGUAUUGGAGGAUGUCGACAGUAUCUGUCCACCUGACUCAGAGGAGACGAUACAAAGCGAUGACGUUAUGCCGGAUGAAUGCUUUAUAGCCAGGGACAUAGGUACAUUGGAACAUCUGGAUGAGCUAGUCAGUAACACUCCGACCAAUAUCAGGGCGUACGAGGAUCUGUCCAGCAACAGCGGCUCCGGAACCCUGGUCGAAAGCUCCACUACCCCGUACGCAGAUGAUGCCUCGACACUCGGCACUGAUACCAGCUCGCCGACGAUAAUCAAGGAUUUGUUGUACGAUUACACGGAUGGUGAGUCGGAGACGUUGGCCUAUUCCGAAGUGCUGAGGGAUAUGAUGGUAGUGCCGCUCUGCGUUAAAAGGGUGCUUCAAGUCAUGCGCGAGCAUAUCCUCGUGCGCAACGAAGUCCUGAACGAGGAAGCGCAUGCGUGCAAGCUGUACAGACGCCAGUGGCACCAGCACCUGAAACGUAUGAAGGCCGCGGCGCCGAAGGUAGAUGAUUUCGCGUGGGGUGUGCUUCCCGUAAGAGCACUAAAUGAGCCCGACAAUUUUGUACCGCUGCCGGCAGGGUAUAAACAAAAUGACAUCAAUUGGCCCUACAAAACCAACAAUGUCUUGUCGCCAUUCGAAGUUGACGGCUACGGCAUUGGGGAUAUCCGCAACAAACAGCAACGAUUCAGCACGCUGGCGCAAAGCGCGCCUCCUGAUAAGGAAGUCGAAAUGUCGAACUAUCAGCAGUUCCACACAACUAGAAAGCCAAGCGCUGUCCGCAGGCGUAUGGCUCCAGAGGCUACAGUCACCGAUAGCAAUGAGGAUGAGGGGAACAAAACAACUGUGUGGCUAGCACCAAACUACAGCAAUCUCACAGGCCCUGGAUUACGAUGGACAUAUUCGUGCAUGGACACUUUGAGCGACCCGCUGCAACGUAUGCCAAACUUCAAAACACUGCCAAUAUAUCAAAUCAUGACGUCGCCAGAUUACAACUACUAUAAGCUCGACCAUUGCAUACAGUAUGAUAGGUGCAAUGCACUCCCGUACGAGGCCAUGCUAGCAGAAGAAAUUAACGAUCGCAUAAGCAACGUAUGGACGCGCAACGAGUGCCGUAUAUUCGUUGAGAAGUAUCUCAUGUAUCCCAAGAACUUCGGGAAGAUUGCGCAGUUCAUCGAAAACAAAACGUGCAGCGAUUGCAUUACGUUCUACUACAAAUACAAGUAUAGACUCAGGCUGAAGGAGCGGAUCAACGAUAUGAAGGCUAAACCGAAAAACAAAUACGAUGUGUCACGAUUCGUCAGACGCGAUACGCAUGUUAUGCAGGCCAUUGACAGCAUACUAGACGAUUGCUACUCGGAUAGUGUGAAAAGUCUGUGUGAGCAGAACAGUUUUGCGUUCGCAGCAGUCAACGAUCAUCUGAUCGGCACCGCGAUAGUGGACACUCUCAAACCGUGUGAUGUGGCGUUAACCGAGCACCGUGGAAACUGGUCACCGAUGGAGGACACCAGCCAAUCCUUGCUGGAAAACUUGAACGAGGGGUACUUCGUUCCGACGAAGUUCAGGUGCCUCACAACGCACAAGAACAUGCAAUUGCCGUUGAAAACAAUGCCGAGCGACGCUGAAACUACGCUAAGACGCGGUUGUCUCGUAAUGAAUGGCUGCCGCGACUUCGGUGAUCCGCAGCAGCUGUCGUCUGUGAUUAGCGCUGCAAAAACGGAUCAUUUCAUGUCACUGAGGUCAGCUGGUUCCAAAAAGGUUGCUGGGCGGUCUGUGCUGGAAUCGGUCAUGCAGGACUCUCUGGCUGAACGGCAGCGGCAAGCGCCAAGAAGACGAGCGCAUGUUAAGCAAUUUAAGCGCACCUAUUCGGAAACUCGGAUGGAUGUGGCGUUGGAGGAGGUGUCUACGGAAAACAACGACGUGAACGAUGCAAACGUUUCUGAGUCUUACGGCCUACCAUUACUCAAUUGGAACCGUAGGGACAAUAUGCAAGAGUACUCCGUCGAGGAGGAAGAGGUGGAAGAUUCAACGUCUGAACCUGCAACACCGCAGGACGAGAUUCUGAGCGACGAAGACGAUGCACAAGAUCCCGUGAGUUAUGAAGCAUAUAAGCACAAUGUCAAAGGGUCAAAGCGAGCAAUGGAUGGCUCGUACAACAGCAGCGAUUACCCCAUUGAUACGCAUGCUUUGGCGGCGCGUAAAGUAGGUCACGUGUCGCGCAUCGUGGGAAACCCCAGGCGUACGGAAGGAGCACAGGUGCAGGACGUAAAUGCGGAAGGUUACGAUGACAGUGAAAGUGCUGAAGAAGAUGAACCAUGCGUUGCUCCGCAACCUGCACAAGGGACAGUUCUGGAUUGGUCUGAGGAGGAGGUUGCGGAUUUCGUACGACUCUACCACAUAUAUGGCGAAAACUGGGAUGAAAUGGCGCGACAAAUGUCGCGUUACGGCAGAAAUAAGGAAGACAUAAUUAACUACUACAUUGCUCGACUCACCGCGAACACUAUGCAACGAGGCAAUAAUCGUUCGCAGGAAUCAUACGAGUACGACAAGGAAGAAGAGGGAGGGUCAUGUGGGUGGUAG